AUGGCUGGUAUUCUAUUGCUUGCACGGCAAUUCAUGCCUUCCCCUGAGCAUUCCAGAGAAGCGCAAGCUCGAAGCGAAGAAACAUUUAACGAUGGAGCUGCUGUAGCCCUAUUUUCCAUCACCGCUUGGUGGUACCUUCGCGUCCCAUCCCACAUGCCCAAAAAUAUCCCCACAGUUCCAUUUUACGUAUCCAGCAUCGCACAUUUCGUUGACCUUGGCCAGGAUAAGAUAUAUGACCUCUGGCUGCGGGAGCCACUAGAAAAUUAUGGAGCUGUCAAGUUCUGGGUCUCGUCCCAAUGGACCGUGCUUCUAGGGAAGCCGGAAUAUAUCAACGACCUCCUCAGGAAUGAGCAAGCCUUUCCGAAAGCGGGAAAUAAUAAAAGGAUUCCUUUCAGUGUUAUUGGAACUUUCCUUGGGAACAACAUAAUUAGCGCUGAGGGGGAGACAUGGAAGCUCUACACCUCUAUCAUGAAAGCUGGUAUUCAAAGACGCAUCACAGACACAAGCAAGUUGCUGGGGAGGUCAAGGCAAUUGGUUAGAGGCAUCCUACAGUCUCAACAGGCGGCGGCCGCAAAUUUUGGCAUCGAUCUAGAGUCGUUAGUACAAAUGUAUGCGAUUUAUGUUGUGGGAGAACACUUCUUUCAAACAGAUUUCCAACGCCUCGAAUGCAACAAAGCUACAAGACUGGCAAAGUAUCAGACAGCCAUUAGGGACAAUGUUUUUUCACCUUUGUAUUUCAGCUUUCCCAUCCUUGACAAAUACCCCCAUAUCUUCCGGAGUCGAAAGCGCGCGUUCCGAAUCGUGAAAGAAUAUGAGGACCUGCUGUACGAGAUUGUUCGGGUCCCUCGACCACGGGAAACCCCAGAAGACCCAAUGAAUCAAUACGAGCGACAGGUGAUAGACGAUCUUCGAGACGCCCUUGAUUGCGGAAAAAUCACGGAGGUCCAGUUCCGCGCAAAUGUGAAAAUUAUAUUUGUGGCUGGUCACGAGGAUGUGCAGCAUCUGCUCAACUCGGCAUUUUAUGAAAUGGGAGUCAAAACUGACAUACAACAAAAACUUCGAUUAGAAGUCUUGAAUACAGGGUCUGUCGACCCAACGCCGGAAAUAGUUGACAGCCUGCCUUACCUAGCCGCGAUAGUAUUCGAGCUACUACGUCUCUACCCACCACUUCAACAGAUCAUCAACCGGAAAGCAUCAGAAAGGGCCGUUUUAGGUGAUGAAAUCGUCAUAUCACCAAACACGCUGAUUGGCUGGACUGCAAUCGGUGCGCAUACCAACAAACCCAUCUGGGGAGGCGAUGCCAGGGAAUUUGUCCCUGAAAGAUGGGGAACCACAGUCGACACAAUACGAGCGAAGUUCCGCAGAGAAAAUGCCCGGGGAGCAUACAUUCCGUUCAACGCACAUGCGCGGAAAUGCCUUGGCCAGGGGUUUGCCUUGCUGCAGAUUAAGAUUGCGUUAUUCGAGUUGGUGAGGAACGUGGAGUGGGUUUUGGAUCCCGGAUCUAAAAUGAAGCUUGCCCGGGAGGCUCGGAUGCGGGGGCGGGAGGACACGGUUUGA